GAGUUUUUCUAAUGUAUUUUUGGGCGCUUUGAGCUCCACAAGUGAAGCAGCAGCUAGUUCCAUUAUACUGGAGAGAAGACAGACACCUCUACAGCCCAUAUCUCCAACACUCAACUCUCACACAGAUUGAUAAAUCGCUCUACAGCUCAGAGGUAACGUGUGCACAUUUCGCACCAACAGGAUCGUAGUGUACGGACAGAGCAUGCUGAACACCAUCGUCCCCGGCUCGGCCAAAUCCUUCAACUUCCAGACAGAGUUCGACCUGACGGAUGAAGAAACUCUGAGUGUCAGUGACCACUACCCUGUGGAGGUGGAGCUGAAGGAACAAAAAGCACAGACUCAAAGGAAGCCGGCUCAGCCCCGAACAGCGAAGACAGCGAAGACAGCGAAGACAGCGAAGACAGCGAAGACAACGAAGACAACGAAGACAACGACGACAACGAAGACAACGAAGACAACGUCCACUAAAGGACAGAAGAAAGGACCACAGAAGAAGAAGAAGGCAGAGACGGCAGCAUCACAGAAGAAGAAGAACAUGGCAGUAAAAAGGAAGAGAGGACCGUCGUCAGACACGGCGGCCAAGAGAAGACGUGUGGAGAAAUGACAAAUAAGAGUCAUUUCCAAUGAUAAUAAAGUUACAAUCCUCCACAACACAGAUGAAUCUUUAAGACUUUAAUAAAAUAAAUAAAUCAGAGAUACCAGCUUUAAAUGGCAACAUCGAUCAGAACACAUCUAAACAUUAAAUUAGAGUCUCACUGUCACUCACUACAUAUACAACACAGGUCGGGUCGUUUGUUUGUGUUGUAAAUGUUACAUAAUACCUCUGAACUGAUGCCAGAGUGUAUCAUGAAACUAUGAUGUAAUCGAGCUGGUGUCCCAAAGUAAGAUGACAUACAACCACUCAGAUCUCUUCACAGGUCUGAGGCAGCACAGUGGAAAAAAGUAGAAAAUCCGAAAAAGAAAGUUACGUUAUUUUAAUGCUCCUCCAGCGAAAAGAACAGAUAACUUCCUGACAUUUUUCUUGAGAGUCAGAAACACUAGUUAUCUGACAUCCCACCUCCUCCUCCCCCCCCCGGGGAGGUUUAAAAGGCCACGAGACACCUGAGACGCCUCACUGUGGUCGGACAUCUUGUGCUCACCUGGUGCACUUCUCUGCAUCUCGUUGACUCAGUCAAGUCUUCUUCAUCCUGCAUUUUAUCCAAAACAUAUUCAUACUUUUCCCCAAUCUCUUCAUCUCCACCCCUCCACCAGCUGCUUCCUUUCAAUCCAUCCAUUCCUUCCUGUCUCCAUCUUUCUGUCUGCACAAUGAGUCUGAGUCGCACCAAGCGGAUCAGCUCCAGCAGCUCCGUCCGCAGCAGCAGUGGGUCGAGGAGGCUGAGCGGCUUCGGUCCAGUUCAGGGGGGGUUCAGUGGCAUCUCCCUGAGCAGCAGCUCCCUCUACGGCGGCACCAACGGGCACCACCUCGGCCUUGGCGCCCCGCUGGCGUCCCUGUCCAUCAACAAGAGCCUGCUGGCCCCCCUCAACCUGGAGAUCGACCCCAGCCUGUCCAUGAGCCGAGCCCACGAGAAGGAGCAGAUCAAGAGCCUCAACAACCGCUUCGCAACCUUCAUAGACAAGGUGCGUUUCCUGGAGCAGCAGAACAAGAUGCUUGAGACAAAGCUGGAGCUGCUGCAGGGUCAGGGGGUGGGCCGGUCCAACGUGGAGCCCCUAUUCGAGGCCUACCUGGCGGGUCUGAGGCGCCAAAUGGACCUGGUCAACAACGACAAGAUCAAACUGGACAGCGAGCUGAGGAACAUGCAGGGCCUGGUGGAGGACUACAAACACAAAUAUGAGGACGAGAUUAACAAGAGAAACAACCUGGAGAACGACUUUGUGAUCCUAAAGAAGGAUGUAGACUCAGCCUACCUGGUGAAGGCCGAUCUGGAGGAUAAAGUGGGAGCUCUGACUGAUGAAAUCAACUUCCUGCGCAACGUCUAUGAGGAGGAGCUGCGUGAGCUGCAGGCCAGCAUCAAAGACACCUCGGUGGUGGUGCAGAUGGACAACAGUCGCAGCCUGAACAUGGAGCAGAUCGUAGCGGAGGUCAAAGCUCAGUACGAGGAGAUCGCAGCGCGCAGCCGAGAGGAGGCCGAGGCCUGGUACAAGAGCAAGUUCGACCAAAUGUCGGUGCAGGCGAAUCAGUACGGCGAUGAGCUCCGCAUCGUGAAGGCAGAGGUGGCCGAGGUCAACCGCCUGAUCAGCCGCCUGCAGAGCGAGAUCGAGGCCGUCAAAGCGCAGCGUGGCAGUCUGGAGAACCAGCUGUUUGAGGCGGAGGAGCGUGGAGAGCUGGCUGUGAAAGAAGCCAAAGCCCGGACCAGAGACCUGGAGGACGCUCUGCAGAGGGCCAAACAAGACAUGGCCAGACAGCUCCGAGAGUAUCAGGACCUGAUGAACCUGAAACUGGCUCUGGACAUUGAGAUCGCCACCUACAGGAAGUUGCUGGAGGGAGAGGAGGACAGACUCGGACAUCAGUCCAUCCUCAACAUCCAGACGCUGUCCAACUACGGUACUAAAAGUUCUAAUGGCUACCACAGUAGUAACAGCAGCUCUCCUGCUCCUAAACUGCUGAUAAAGACAACUGAGACCAGAAACAACUCCAGAUACAGCACUCACUGAGAGGACACACACACACACACACACACACACACACACACACACACACACACACACACACACACACAGUUUGGUUAUGAUUUUCUAACAGAUAUCUCUAAAUGUGUGAGGGUGCACUUUAAUUACUAACCUUUACUUACUGUAGAAGAAUGAUAAAUCAUCUAAACAUGGAGAAUUAAGUGGAAAUUGUUGUUUCUCAUGUAUUUUACUAUGUAAAGAUUUUAAUAUGUUUAGUUUGUCGGGUACAUUUUGACUCAGACUUUAGUUGUACGCAGCUUUGAUUUCUAAACACUGUAGUACACUGCUUAUAAUGAAUAAAACAUGUUGAUUAAUCUGUGGUGAGAUUAUAAGAAUAUACAGAAUAUUAUAGAUCAUUUUGGGGAUAUCCUUUUAGAGGUGUGCUUGAUAUGCAUUUCUACACAGAGUUGUUUUUACUCUGAAUGUUAACAUUUUCUCGAUGUUGUUAUCAGAUGAUCUCGUAGUCUUCCUCUGCAGAUGUGGUCGUUGGGUUUAAGU